AUGGAUGUUGAUACAUCUGAUAGUAAUGGUAGUAACGGUACUGCAACUAUCUUAAAAGAUAAAGAUGAUACAACAAUGACUGAUGUUAACACCAAUGAUGAUCAUUCGACAUCAUCGAAAACAACAACAACAGCAUCAGCAACAAAGAAAAGAAAGAAACUCAGCGAGUCAGAGAUAAAGGAACGUGAGGAUGAGAAACGUAGAAAACAACAAGAGAAAGAAGAGGAAAAGAAAAAGAGAGACGAAGAGAAGAAAAAGAAAGAGGAGGAAAAGAAGAAACGUGACGAGGAGAAGGAAUUGGAGAAGAAGAAACGUGAUGAGGAAAAGAAAUUGAAGGAUGAGGAAAAGAAAAAAAAGGAUGAGGAGCGUGAAUUGGAGAAGAAGAGACGUGACGAAGAGAAGAAACAGAAGGAAGAGGAACGUGAGCAAAUGAAGAGACAAAAGGACGACGAGAAGAAACAGAAGGAAGAGGAGCGAAAGAAAAAGGAAGAGGAGAGAGAGCUCGUAAAGAAACAAAAGGAAGAGGAGAAGCGCAAGAUGGAGGAAGAGCUCAGUAAGAAGCAGUCGCGUCUCACUCAGUUCUUCAAUGUGGUGACACCCGACGCCAAGCCGGUGCGCACAGACGCGUUCAUCCAACCCGUCGAACUGGCGCCAUUCACUGAGAUUCACCAGUUUCAAGUCAGGCCAGACUUUGACCGUGCUGAAUUCGAGCAACUCAUUGAGAAACAAUCGACACCGUUGGAAAGCAAGUUCAAUGGCAAGACCUACUUUAGAUCGACCAAGUUAAAGUCUAAUAAAUACAAAAUAACGUCGUUGCCUGGCGCUAUUAUCAAUGAUGAACUUCUCGCUUCACUCUCGCGGCUCAAGCUGCUCAAGUUCCACGACAGUCGCAGACCGAGCUACUAUGGUACCUACUCAAAGCCGACCAAGGUUAUCAACGGUCGCAAACCGUUUGCCAAAGACAACAAGCUCUUUGACUACUCGUACGACAGUGGCGAUGAAUGGGAAGAGGAGGAAGCAGGUCCCGCCGACAAUAUUUCAUCGGAUGAGGAAUCAGAGGAGGAAGAGGAAGAUGAAGAAGAAGAUAAGAAUUGGAUUGAGUCAGACAAUGAAAUAAACUCUGAUCAUGAGUCACAUCCAGAUGUAGCAGUAGUAGUCGGAGAACAACAACAGCAACAACAACAACCUGACAUUACAUCAAAUCAAACAACAACCACCAGAAAAAAGAAAAAAAGAGUAGAAAAGAUAAAGAAGAAGAGAAUUAUCAUUAUAGAUCCUUCUAACGAAGCAACCAUGCAAACAGAAAAUCUAAACUUAUUUAAUAGAUUUCCAGUUGAAUCUUUAGUUGGAGGAUUCCCAAUAAGUAUAUCAAAAUUGGUAAAGGAAGAACAGGAGGCAUUAAAGUUAAAAGAAAAGAAAGAAAAGAAAGAAAUCGAUCCAAGAUAUGUUUUCCCACUUUCAUUUUUACCAACUGUUUUAAAGUUUGUUAUGGACAACAAAAAGAAAUCAGUUAAAACACUUGGUAAAUAUUUAUAUGCAGCCAAUACCAAUGUGAUGAAAAAGAUAAUUAUAGAGAAGAUUCAAGAGACUUGUUUACAAACCAAUGGUGUUUGGUCGGUUAAACCAGAGUUUGAAGAUCAAUUGAAAUUGGAUUUAGAUGACAAUUACAUUUUACCAGUGAUUCCAGUUAAAGUCAAUCCGAACAACAACAACAACACUACAUCAACGCCAAACAAAAACAGCAAUAAUAAUAAUAAUAAUUCAACAACAUCUACAUCGUCAUCAAACAAUGAACAUACACCAAAUACCAACAAUUCUGAAUCAUCUUCAUUGUCGAAAAAGAAAUGCUUCUCACCUAAAAAGAAACCACAAACUCCUGUACAGACAAACUCAUUGCUUAGUUAUUUUUCAAAAGUUCAAUCUCCCAUCAAAACAAACACCACGACAACUACUACCAACACUGAAGGAUCAGCAACUCCAAACACUACUACCACCUCUUGA